UCUAUAUAAGCUCCCUCUCUAACUUAUCUGUUUCUUAAGAUUAACAACAUGAAUACCUCCUUACCUCUCAAUCUUCUCCUUCUUUUAGUCUUUGCAUAUUUCUCAUGUUUUCUUGUCCUUGUACCGGUAUUUGCAAAAGUUUUCUUGAGCAUAGAUUGUGGCUCUAUGUCCUUGAAACCUCGUACUGACAACAAUUCGAUCAUAUGGGUUGGAGAUGGUCCUUACAUAAAAACUGGAGAAGUUCAUAAAGUCAAUGUACUUGCAGAUGAAUCUGGUUUUGAUUCCAGUGUUAUGAGCAGUCUUAGAGCAUUCCCAACUCGAAACAAGAAUUGCUAUUCGAUGGAUACUGAUAAGGAACCAGAAGAUAAUACUACGACUGAACGAGUUCUCAUUCGAGCUAAUUUCUAUUAUGGCAACUACGACAAUAAAUCAACCCCGCCUACUUUCAAUCUUCAAUUCAAUGGGAUCCAUUGGACAAAAGUACAAACACGUAUGGAAGGUAUCACAUAUGAAGAAGUGGUAUUUUUAUGGAAGAAGGGUACCAAUAUAAACGUAUGUCUGGCUCAAACUAAACCGAAUAACAUCCCAUUUAUAAGCGCUCUCGAAGUAAGAAGUUUGGAUGCAGAUGUUUAUAGUUAUUUCCCAGAUGACAAAGCAAUGAUCUUCCUUGAUAGAUAUGCUUUGGGUAGCACCACAGUUAUAAGGUACCCUGAAGAUAGUAUGGAUCGAAUUUGGGUUGGAAAUAACAUUAGUACUAUAAACAGAGUCAGAAGCAAUUCUCCAUCCAUAAAUGUUGGCACUGACGAUAAACCUCCGGAGGCGGUAUUAAGGACAGCUUUAACGCCUUUGAAUUCUUCCGAAAAUAUUUCUAUGACAUUCACUAUUAAUCGUAAAGUUCCUAUAAUCGGCAAAGCCUAUUUUUCAGAAGUGAUUAAACUAAAUUCCACCCAGAAACGAUCAUUUAAUAUAGUAGUUAAUAACCACCUCGAUACCACUAUUAUUUUCCCUAAAAACCCUGUGAUUCCACCUUAUGGAGGCGUAUUGGAGGUCAACAUGAUCAAUGUGACUACUUUCAACUCUUCAUUUUCACUUGAUUUUGUACGGACAAAUGAUUCAACUCUUCCUCCACUAAUCAGUGCCCUUGAGUGGUAUACUUUCGGUGAAACAUUAGUUGAAGGAACCAAUCCAGAUGACGUGAAAGCAUUGGGUGUGUUGAAAAAGAGUUUCAUUCAGCUCCAAGAUUGGAACGGUGAUCCUUGUUUACCUUCGCCGUACACUUGGGAUUGGGUUGGUUGUGAUUCUGAUACGGAUUCUCCUCGAAUUACAGCACUGUAUCUCAAUGACCUUGGACUAGUGGGUGCAUUACCAGAUUUUAGUGACAUGAGUGCUCUCAAAACCAUAAUUUUGCGCAACAAUAGUUUGAUGGGAGAAAUUCCAAGAUUUCUUGGCUCGUUUCCUGAACUCACCGUAUUAAAUCUGGCUGACAAUAACUUUUCGGGAGCAAUACCUUCAUUACUGUAUAACAACGGCUUUUUGAAGUUAAAUGCAUCUAGUAAUCCAAACUUGUUGUGCAUGGACGCAUCAAUAUGCGAUAUCGGAUCAAAAGUUCCUUCCCCAAGCAACAAUGAUACGGACACUAAAUCAAUAGUGCCUUCCCCGAACAAAGGGAAAGGUUCUAAAAUAUUAGCACAACCAAUAACAACAUUACUCCUGAUUAUGUUUUCUGCUUUCUUGUUGUAGGUGAUUCCAACCCCAAUGAUGCAGCGGCAUGAUAUUUCAAAAUACCAAAAAAUUAAAAAUUAAAUAAUGCAGCGGCGUGAAGUUCAUUUCAUAUAUUGAUAAACUCCCUUUUACAAAUUCCUCCGUUUGUGGUUUUGUUGUAUGUAUUUAUCUUGUGCUACUAUGAAGUCAUAUUGUUACCUACAUUUACAAAUUGGAUGGAGUUCUUCAUGAUAUCAUAUUUUGUAUCCUUUUUUC